AUUGACGUUGACAAUUGACAGUGCGUAUUUACCAAUUUUUUAUCGAUAAAGUUGAUUGUUUCCUUAAUAUCCUGUCGAAAGAUCGUUAAUCAGUAAUAAAAUUUAUUAUAAAUAUAAUUGUUGUAUCUAAAAGAAAUUAACAUCCAGACAAUUAAUACUCCCGACUCGGUGCGCAGCAGCCAUGUGUGAAUAGUUAUUAUAACCGUUAGGAAUUUAGGAUGCUGCCGGGCAUCGGAGUCUUCGGGACUGGCUCAGUCGCCAAGGUGCUUGUGCCAUUUCUGAGAGAAAAAGGAUUUGCUGUCGAGGCAAUAUGGGGAGUCACGCUGCAAGAGACCGAGGCUGUCGCCAAAGAACUCAAAAUACCGUUCUUCACUAACAAAAUCGAUGAUGUACUCCUAAAGAAGAAUGUGAACCUUGUGUUCAUUGUUUGUGCUCCUAAUUUACACGCUCAGAUCUCUGUAAAGGCCUUGGGCAUUGGCAAGCAUGUGGUUUGCGAUAAACCAGCUGGGCUAUGUCAAGCUGAGGCUCUUAAAAUGGUGCGUGCCGCCCAGUACUACCCCACUCUGAUAUCAAUUAUCAACCAUUCACUGCGAUUCUUGCCUGCGUUCAGCCACAUGAGAAAAUGUAUCCAAGAGGGUUAUCUUGGAAGUCCAGAUGAACUAACUCUGAUGGAUGUAAGAGUACAAAUGGGCUCUUUAUUAGGGGACACAUACAACUGGUUGUGUGAUGACACUAUGGGAGGUGGUACCCUAACGUUAGUUGGCAGUCAUGUCAUAGACUUAGUUACUUUUUUAACUGGACAGAAAGUUGUGAAAGUACAUGGAGUAUUGAGAACAUUUGUUGAGGAGACUACCAAAGUCAAUGGCAUCAGAAAAAUAACAGCACCUGAUUUCUGCACAUUCCAACUGCAAAUGGAUAAGGGUUUGUUGGUGACGGCUACUCUUAACAACCACUUGCCAGGGCCCUGCUUCAACCAAGAGAUAUAUUUGUGUAGUAAGAAGGGUUAUUUAGUUGUCCGAGGUGGGGAUUUACAUGGUAGACUGCACAAACUUAACUCAAUGAAAAUUGAGGAGGAGAGCAAAAGAGGCCAUGAGAAAGAGGAGGUUAUUUAUGUUGAUGUGGAAGACUUGAGUUGUGCUUCUAGUGUCAUUCCAAAGCCUUAUAUAAAAGGCUUAUGUAAAAUGAUUAGUGCUUUAAAAGAAGCCUUCUUGCCUGUGAAAGAGCAAAUGGAUUGGAUAAAAGAACCUGUGAGAGCCGCUGCUACAUUUGAGGAUGGGCAGAGGGUGCAGGCGGCAAUGGAAGCCCUUCGCCAGUCAUGUGAAGAUGGCUGUUGGACAUCAGUACAGUUGUUGACAGAGCCCCCAGAUCCCAACCCGGCUCUGUCAGCUGCAGUUCGUCGAACUGCUAUAUCUUUACAAUAGAUUUGCAUUUAAAUCAAGUUUUGAUAUGCCAUUAUCAAGUACCUUUAUUACAUUGUAAGCAUAUUAUUUUGUUAAUUGGGGUUAAUGUAUAUUGUUCCAUUCCAUGUAUUAUUUUGCCUAUCUGCCAUGCUAAUUUAAAUGGGUAAAAGGGAAUCUUUUCCUAUGAAAGCUUACACCAUUCUGUUCAGUAUUUUCCAUUUUCUUGUAUUAUUUUGCAGUUAUGCUCAGUAUUAUAGUGGAUGUAGAUAAUUAAAUUUCAUCCAAUCAUAGUCAUUACAAUGAAGUAAUUUACUAAUUGCAAGCUUAAGUAUGAAUAUCAUAGUUUCUAAGUCUAUACAGUUAAGCCACCAAUCAAGUAAAAAAUUAAACCUGUACUAACCAAUCAACUAAAAAAAUUAAACUUGUACUAGGGUCAGCACAGACGGUGUCUGAAAUUGUGAGUUGUCAACUUGUCAUGUAACAUGCUGUACCAGGCAUCUAAUAAUAUCUUUGAUAAUUUUAUCAAAUAAGUAUUUUAUUCAAAGAAAAGCUACAGCUGAAAUGCAAUCUGUCUGUCCUUAGAUCUGGGUCAAUCAAUAAAAAAUACCUGUAUUUUUUAAAUUAUAUUUAUUUUACUUCAAUUAUAUUCAUCUAAGUUCUCAUUAUUUAGCAUGCUAAAAUUUGCCUUGUUAAAAUUUUACAUUAUUUAAGCUAUUUUGAGCAGAUGUAUUCACUGUGAUAGAUAAUAUAAAAUUUGAGACUAAUUU